UCAAAGCUACGCUAGCUUAUUGAUGAGAGUUAACCUACAAUAGAAUUUGAUAUUUGUUUUUAUUUUGGUUAAAAGGAUAUGAUUCAAAUUACUGUAUGAUUCAAAACAUAGGAGGAACAAUGGGACCUGCCAAAAUUAUUUUAUUGGCCUGUGGCUCCUUUAAUCCACCCACAAAUAUGCAUUUAAGAAUGUUUGAGAUCGCCAGAGAUCACUUGCAUAGGAUGGGAACAUAUCAAGUAAUUGGUGGUAUAAUUUCACCUGUUCAUGAUGCUUAUGGUAAAAAGGAAUUGCAAUGCUACACACACCGACUAGCAAUGACUAAGCUUGCACUGCAAGAUUUGGAUUGGGUUAAAUUAUCAGACUGGGAAUGCAAGCAAGAAACCUGGAGUAGGACCAGGGAAGUCCUACAAUAUCACCAAAAUCAAAUCAACUCUUACCUUCAUAACAAUAGAAAUGAAGGAAAUAAAGAUGAAUGUACAUGGUUGCCUGUUAAUGAGUUAAAGAAUGCCACUCCUGGAACAGUGACAGUGAAGUUAUUGUGUGGGGGUGAUUUACUGGAGUCAUUUGGGACACCUGGAUUAUGGUCUGAUGAAGAUAUAGCAGCUAUUGUGGGACAGCAUGGACUGGUGGUAAUUACUAGGUCAAAAACAAACCCCCUCGAGUUCAUUUACAAUUCUGAUUUAUUAACAAGAUAUAUGGGCAACAUUACCAUUGUGACCGAAUGGAUCAGAAAUGAGAUCAGUUCAACGAAAAUUAGGAGGGCGCUCAGAAGAAACGAAUCCGUGAAAUAUUUAUUACCAAACCCAGUACUAGAUUACAUUUACAAAAACGAGUUGUUCAGAGCUGAAAGACCUAAGUACACCCUCGCCCCAACAGACUAUAACAACCAAUUUCUCACACCAUCACCCACUGACGUGAGCAUGGAGUCGCCGAGCCCGACAAAUUGCAUGAUGAUUUGCAACAACAAUUUAUUCGCGCGUUCACCGUCAACCGAAAAACGCUUAUCCAUCGACUCCGUCGACUCGGCCCGGAAGAACGCCAUCAACUCGUUGCGUAUGCCGGGCCAGGCCGUGAAGAUUAUCACGGAACGCACGGGGGAGCACAAGGUCUUGAAAAAUGAGGUAGGUAAGGGUGAACUGCCUAAACUGAAAGUCGAGGACAAAACGUUGAAAACCUCCAAGAGCUUUGGUAACUUUAAAGAGAUCGAGUCCGAUAGGCAGGCCAAGACAAGCGGCAGUCUCAAAGAGUGCAAGAGCUGCGACGAGAAUUUAAUUAAGUUUAUUUUUACGAAGCAUGGAAUUCAAGUUAUUAGUGACGUGGAGACGAUAGUCUAAAGUUGACGACGGUUUCUGGUGGAUUUAUGUGCCAAAUUUUUUGACACGCAUUCGAAAUUUUUAUGAAAUGCGUGAGAAAAUAAAAAUUUAAUUGGAUAACAUGAAAAGGGGAGAUAUUUUAAAAGUGAAAGAAUUAGAAUGUUAUUUAUAGAUAUUAUCAGUAUUAAAUAGUUUAUUUAAAACAAUAAUUAAUUUAUCAAGCACUUGAAAUCGGCGUCAUCAAUAAAAUAAAUGCUUGCUAUAAAAUGGCUGUUACAUUUUUAAAAUCAAGUACAAAAUAUAAUCAAUCAGAACUGAAUCAAAAAUCAAAAUGAUUACUCGAUAAAUGUAAACGGAAUUAUAAAGUUAAUUUUCAAUAGAAAAGUGAAACAUCCAAUUGUGUAUCUAUAAAAUACUGAACAUAAAUAGUUGUAGCUUACAUUUUUGAAAUAGUGGUGGAUGUAGUUAAGUUGGUUUUAGAUAAUAUAUGUUAAACCACCUUGUAAAUUAGCAAAUUUUCAUUUCAAAUCAGAUUGCAUAUAGCUUUGCCGCUUAUUUAAGUAAUUUGUUU